GCAGCAUUCAUGUGUUCACUGCUCACCGUGUUUUGAGGGAGCAUGUCCUUCGUAAGCACCCUUCGCCAGUGGGAUGAGGCCGUGGCUUGUGUGGAGCAAAGAGACCCAGACGCUGCUCUCAGGAUAUUCCUCAGUAUCGAGGAGAAAAACUCCAAGAUCGCUUUCAACAUCGGCUGUCUUUGUCUGAACAACAGUGACUUAGAUGAAGCUGAAAAGGCUUUUGAUGGAAGCAUUGGCAAAGAUGAACACCUGGCCGUGGCCUUUUUUCAGAGAGGAGUUACAUUUUAUAAAAAGGAAAAGUUUGAAGAGUCUCUUCUGGAUUUCCAACAAGCAUUUAAGCAGUUACGAGGGAAUCAACUAAUUGAUUACACACCUCUGGGGCUGAGAUAUAAACUUUAUGCUUGUGAGGUGCUGCACAACAUUGGACUGGCACAGGCGCAGUUGGGAAAAUGGGAAAAAGCUCAAGAGAACCUUCUCACUGCUCUGAGCUUGAGAGCAGAUGCCAAGUUCAGCCAUAUUGAUCAUGCGCUGGAUGCCAUUCUGAAACAUAAGCUGUUUCCUCUGGUAGAGGUUCGAGCAGGGCUGCUGUUUAAACCUAAUAAGAAAUAUGUGGCAGAGCUGGAGAAAAGGGAUUAUCUUGGAAAAGCUAAGGUUGUAGCUUCUGUUGUACCUGCAGAUGAGUUUUCUGGUUUUGCUCCACUUCAGCCUCAAAUAGACAAUGUUCCAUCUAUUCCGAAAGUUCCAGAAGUGCUACGGGUGCUGGAAGGAGAGCCACACACUGUUCUGUAUGAGUUUGUUCCAGAGACUAAAGAGGAGCUGGCUGUGUUGCCUGGCAACAUCGUCUUUGUUCUUCAUAGAGGAACUGACAACUGGGCAUCAGUUGUUUUCAAUGAAAAGCGAGGUCUAGUGCCGUAUAACUUUCUUGAACCCUUGGAUAUUGUUACAAUGACAUCAAAACCAGUCGAGACUGAAGCAUUAAAUGAAAAUGAUGAUAUACCUGCUCCACCAAGAAGAGCAGCACCUAGUAGACCAGUGGCUCCAGAAGGCCUGAAGACUGUGAAUGCAAAGACUGUUAACACAAGGGAAUUUUCCGGCUGUGUUGUAAAAGUGCACUUUCAGUUCACCAUAGCAAUCGCUAUUGCACAUGGUCAACCAUAUGGAGUCAUUCUUCAGAUGAUAAGCUCUAAACUGAAGCUUCCUGCAUCAACACUGACUUUACGGUAUGCUAAGGAAGGCUCUGCAGAAAGAGUGAUUAUAGAGGACUCUGAAAUGGAGGCUGUGUGGAACAGCGCGAAGGAUGGCCGUCUUACCUUGUGGUGUUCAGUGACAGAGGGUAAAAGUGCAUCCCAUGCAAAGGUUGUGGCUCUUUACUCUUAUGAGUCUUCAACCCCAGAGGAUCUUGAGUUCAAGCAAGGAAACGUCAUCACAGUUCUUUCUAAAGUCAAUGACGAGUGGCUUGAAGGUCAAUGCAAUGGGAAAAUAGGCAUAUUCCCAUCAUCCUUUGUUGAACCACUUAAUGGAGAUCCACACACAUCCGCAGAGUGAAUAAAUAAUUUAUCUGACACUUAUUUGUGCUUAAAUUUGCUGAUGAAAUAUAGCAGGAUUUUGAGAUGUAAUUUUUACAAAAAAAAAAUAGUUCACCCACAAAUGAAAUGUUUCGCUUUAAACUUUAAAGGGCAUCUUUUUUACCCCUUUUUACAAGAUGUAAGACAAGCCUUUGGUGUCUCCGGAAUGUGUCUGUAAAGUUUCAGCUCAAAACACCCAUCAGAUUAUUAUGGCCUCCACAAUCUCCCCAUUUUGAUGUCUGAGUUCUUUGUAGCUGUUUUUGUAGCCUGUGGCUUUAAAUGCAAAUGAGCUGCUUCUCCCCGCCCACCAUCAUGCAUCACAUCAAAUAAACAGCAGUCAGUGACAGAGACAGACUUGGAUGAAGCUGAAAAACAGCUCAUUAGUCAAAAAUACCAAGUAAGUUUAUUUCAUGUAUUUGUGGUGGAAUUUAUUCAAGCCUUUCGGAAAUGAUGAGUCUUACACAAAUGCUGUUUGCAGUACACACACACACACACACACGCACUUGGUAUUUUUGACUGAUGAACUGUAUUUCAGGUUCAUCCGAGUCUGUCACUGACUGCUGUUUAUUCAAGCUGUUUUGAAAUGAUGAGUCUCACACAAAUGCCGUUUGCAGUAUAAAACACACACAAACACACUUACUGUAUGUGAGAGUUUACUGACACUCUGUGGCUGUGGUGAAUAAGAAUUAGAUAUCAAUUUUACUGUAUUUAUUACAACCAUGCUCCGUUCAAAAAAAAACUUUUUGAUCUUAUAAUUAAAAAAUCCCAAAGAGUUGUAACAUA